AUGUCUCCUCUGAGAAUCCCUUACACGCAGCCGUUCCCGCCCGCAAUCAUCUUCCCCAAGGCUGCGAGCAGUGUUGAGGGUGCGAUCGAAAGCCUUGUCAACUUCUUCACCGCUCCCCCGUCGCCCUCUCUGCACGGCAUCAAUGGCCACCAAGCCGUCAUCCUCACGGGUGCCGGCAUCUCGGUAGCGUCGGGUCUGUCGGAUUAUCGAGGAGACAACGGCACAUACGUUCGCAACAAGGCGUACCGACCAACUUACUACCAUGAAUUCGUCACCCGACACGAAGCGCGGAAACGAUACUGGGCUCGAAGCUACGUGGGAUGGCCAGGACUCUUGAAGUCGAAGCCGAAUUCGACACACUACUCCAUCACCGAGCUCGGGAGGAAGGGAUAUGUCAGCAGGGUGAUUACACAGAAUGUAGAUUCCUUUCAUCCGGUUGCGCACCCUAGUCUGUCGACAAUCGAGCUACACGGUUUCCUGCGGUCGGUUAUAUGUAUCAAUUGCCACAACUUGGUGCCGCGAAACGAGUUUCAGCAGUCUCUUGCACGCCUUAAUCCGGCCUGGGCGGACUUCUUGGAUGAAAUGUUGGAGUCGGGCGCUCUAGAUACUAACAACCCAGAAAAGCAGCGCAAGCGAGGCCUGAAGAUCAAUCCAGACGGCGACGUGGAUCUUCCCCAUGCGCCAUACUCUAGUUUUCGCUAUCCGGCAUGUCCACACUGCUUGGAACACCCACCUUUGGUUUCGCCCAGCAAGGACAAGCCCCCGUCUCAGGCCAUCGUAGAGACAGAGUCAGAUGGCGCAUGGUCACCGUCGUCUACGGCGGGGAUCUUGAAGCCGGCCGUCACCAUGUUCGGAGAGUCGACGAGCCCAGCCGCCCGGAGUGCAGCCGAAGAGGCCAUUGACGAGGCCAGCCGGCUGCUGAUCAUGGGCAGCAGCUUGGCUACUUAUUCGGCGUAUAGACUAGUGGACCGGGCGCGCAAAAGGGGCAUGGCGAUGGGGAUCAUCAAUGUAGGCGGCGUGCGCAACGAGAGCCAGCUUCUCGGGGAUCUGCUCAACCGCAACCACGUCCGCUGCGAUCAUAGGAGCGAGGCGGUGCUGCCCGAGGUGGCGUCGCGGCUGCAGAUAGUGCGAUAG